AUGCGCCAGCACACUCCUACAGCUCAGCCAGCCGGUCUGGAGCGAUGCGUUUGCUUGAACUAUCAUUCCAAGGUAGCUAGCGAUGGCCUUUUAGAUGGCACCUUGGAAAACGGCGCCCUGACAAGAGAUCAUGCCAUUCCUCAUCCUACCGACUCAGAACAUACCCGCCCCACCAUUAACAUGAAUAGUAUGACCAUUAAUCCACCUCGCGCCUCCAGGUCCAGCCAAGUAAGCAACAACAUCAGCCACUUCCUCCGGCGUCCCCAUCCUCGUCUCAGCAGUCGCAUCCUCUUCAAUCAUCCUCCUCAAAUCCCCCGGCAUCUUCAUCAUACUAUCCGUAUACCUCCCACCCGGCGCCACAACAUUCAUCCCGCGGCCAAAGUCCUAGUCAAAUGCUCCAAAGCUGCUUUCGAAGUACUAUCCAGAACGAGUCCCCCGCCGAUAAGAGGACCGCUCCCUCCCACUACUCGAGCUGCCGUUGAAGAGAUAUUGGAAAUGCUUCCACCUUUUGCAAUCACGGGAAAGAUGGAUUGCGUCAAGAGAAGUCAUGAAAGUCUUUCGGCCAACGAUGAGAAAUCCAACAGUGACUGCUCUUCCACGAAUCUGACCCGGCCUCGCCAACCUACGAGAAGACCAACACCAAGACGCCGACCAGAGACGUUGGGUCAAUCCGUCCUCAGCAGUCGACCACCAGAAUGA